UCAAAUUUGACGUUUGACAGGUUUUGGUGGAAAAGUGACCGAUCGAAGCCUGGUACCUGCCCUUUACGUAAAUUAACAGUGUUUUAAAUUAAUCUCACUUUUCCCUAUAUCAUCAUGUCGGUCACAAAGGGAAACAUGCUGGUUCGUUCCUUGAGCACGUCGGCUGCGGCAAGCCAACUCGUUAAGGCUCCUGUCCAAGUUUUUGGUUUGGAAGGCAGAUACGCAUCUGCUCUAUAUUCUGCUGCUACCAAGAACAAGACCUUGGAUGCCGUUGAGAAAGAGCUGUCUCAGUUCCAACAGUCAAUCAAGACUGAUGCCAAACUGAAAGAAUUCAUUGUGAACCCAACUCUUAAGAGAAAUCUGAAGGCUGAUGCUCUAAGACAGGUCGCCACUCAAGCCAAAUUGUCUCCCACAACCAGCAACCUUUUGGGUCUUAUGGCUGAGAAUGGUCGUCUUGACAAGCUGGAGGCUGUUAUCAAUGCAUUUAAGAUCAUGAUGUCUGCUCACCGUGGUGAGGUUACCUGUGAGGUUGUUACUGCCAAACCCCUUGACCAGACACAGAGGCAGAACCUGGAAGCUGCUCUCAAGAAAUUCCUGAAAGCCAAUGAAACUCUUCAGCUCACAGCCAAAGUUGAUCCUUCUCUGAUGGGUGGCAUGGUUGUCUCCAUUGGUGACAAGUAUGUUGACAUGAGUGUGGCCAGCAAAGUCAAGAAAUACACCGAACUCAUCAGUACCGCUGUUUAAAUCAUGCAAUAAUGGAACUGUAAAUGUUUAGUGCAAAGUGUAAUACUACUAUUUAAAUCAGUUAAAUCAUUAGA